AUGGAGACUCUAGACAGGCCUCUCACUGAGGGCGGAACACUGGUGGAUGACCAAGAGAAGCCUGCGGGGGGAGAAGAUGAGGCGGCGGAAUCUGCUUGCCUGAGGCGUGAUGACGCGCAGCCUAAGCCGGAGGAUCUAGUGGCCCGGGCUAUAGCGCCGGUGAAGGCGGAGUACCUUCGUCCUUCCGAAGAGAGGAAGGGAGACGGUCGGAUCCCGGCAGGGGACGGACAGAAGAGCGCGCUCGCUCCGAGCGCGUCAGUCGUGGUGGUGGAGAAGAAGUCCAAGCGCCAGCUGAAGAGGGAGCGGCAGCAGGUUCGUCGUUGUGUUUUGAGUGGUUGUUCGUGAUGGUGUUGAAUUCAUUUGACGGUUCCAUUUCAAUCUCUCAGGAGCAGAAGUCUGCGAGGAACAUCUGCCCGGAGAUAGCGAAGACUGGAAAGGUCGAAGCGUGCCGGUUUGGUGUUAGUUGCCGCUUCAGCCAUGACUUGGAAAGUUUCUUGGAUCAGGUUUGCUUAGAUUUUCACGUGGGGACCGGAUAUUUCUCAGUUUUUUCUUUUGUCUCACUGACAUGAGUCCGAUUAUUGGAUUGACGCGUACAGAAGCCAGAGGAUCUCCCUGGAGUUUGCCCUUUCCUGAACACCGCACAGCCUUGUCCUUACGGAAUAGCUUGUAGGUUAUUUGGCACGCACAAGCAGUUCGUUCCCUUGAAGUCGUCCGAUGAUCCUCCCAAGAAGCAUGGUGUUGAACUCAACUAUCUGAACAAAGAUUUUCAGAGGCUUUUGUGGAAGAACAGAGUAAAGUAUCCGAAGGCGGAUGCUCAACUCAAAAUCCUAGGACUUUCGGUACGUGGUGUGUGCGCGUGUGCUGCACUUGUUGUCGUAAUGUCAUUCAUUUUGAUCUCUGUCGAUCUUACUUCUGUGACCUCUCUGUAACGCGUUGCUCCUGGGGAGCCCUUUACUUUCCUUCCAUUUACGCAGUUUGCGCGUUUAACCUACCAAUGUUAUUUCUCGGAUUAUUUGACCCUGUAUUUGAUUUUAAUUUGUAGGGAGGAAAUUUUUUUAAAGCAAAGCCUGAGAUCGAUCUAGAGGAGCACCCUGUUGUCUUGGAUGGAUCAAAUGAUUGUGAUGAUGCUACUAAGGGGGCUACCUGCCACUCUGCUGCCCGUGAUGAUGAAGGCUGUCCAGACAUCUGCUCGGGUAAUGAAAUUAUGGAAGAUGACUCCGUCAUUGAUGAUCCCAGACCUCCAAAGAAGGCUAAGAGCCCCAUUGAUGAUAACAUGUGCUCCACUGAAGUCAAUAAUGGUGAGUUGUUUCUCCUGUCAUGAAUCGCAUCGCCUACUUACCGGCUUAUUGAAAUGCUGUUUGGAAAUGUCAUGUAGGACCUGAAGAAAAGUCUUCACCGAUGGAAUGCAAAGAGACACAGAUAAAACCUUGUUCCGGAACAAGAGUCGAGUUGAUCCCAGAAUUAAAUGGGCGAGAAAAGAAAUUAAUUGAUUUCAGGGGGAAGCUAUACCUUGCGCCUUUGACGACGGUUGGUAAUCUUCCUUUCAGGAGAGUCUGUAAAGGACUUGGUGCGGAUAUAACCUGCGGAGAAAUGGCUAUGUGUACAAACCUUUUACAGGUUGGUCCUUUUUUAUCUUUUUAAAUUGAAAUUGAAUGCCCCCGUACUUUCUGACGCUCUUCUUGUAUAUUAAACUUAUGUGGGACACAAUGAAACCCCGCCUUCUCAGAGUUUCCAAAGCUUUUUGGACAGAAGAAUAAACGUGGAUUUUUUCCAUGUUGAGAGUGUCGAGAAUGAUAUGUUGAACAAAUCAAUUAGAUUUGGAGGUUAUAGGAAAAAAAAUGUUUUCUAUAGCCUGGGGAACUUGUCUCUGACACCAUUAAUGGUGAGCCCAUUUUCGCUCUCGUUUGACGUGAGGAUAUUUAGCAUGGAUUCUCUUUAUACAAUCAGUAUUGCUGUCAGAUCGUUGGUUUUGACUAAGUAUCCACAAAAAUGUUAGGAAAGCAGACGGAGAGACAACCUUUUUUGUUUUCCAUAUCCAGGUAAUUUAAGUAACCAACACAUUGAUAUUUAGCCCUCAGAUUUAGCACUCGUUGUGAAAGCCACUUGAUGCUUACAUCGAAACUUUAAAAUUGUGCACCCACAUGCAUAUCUGACAGAGACAUAUUUUAUCAUAGCUGCUCUAUAAUGCUCAAUAUAGGCAUGUGCAUCCCCAAAUCGUCAUUGUGACAUCUCAUUUCAUCCAUUUGGGCCCAUAAAUAAUCAAUUUCACUAUUUUGAAGUCUACAGACCAGGUGGUUGUUGGGCAGUAUAAAUUUCAUAUGAGUUCUCUUAAUAGCUCAAUCUAAAAUAAGAUAUUGGAAGAUUUAUUUUUUAGCAGCCAGGAACUGAUGCUCGUAUACCGGGGAACCAGGUCUGGAUUGAAGCAUCGAGUACGAUACGAUUGAUUUAAUUUCGCUGAACAAAAGCUAAUGUUCUUUGAACCUUGUGCGCUAUAUUUUUUCUCGCUUUUUUUUACUUCUAUCACAGUAGCAGAGGUUGCUCUUACUUGACAUUUUCAAGUCGACAUCUCUGAUCGCCGAAACAUAUGUUCAUCUUCCCAUUGCGAAACCAUAAUUUGAUUAUUUGUGACAAGGAUCUCUUCGAUUGUUCUUCUUGUUAAAAUGCUGGGCACGAUGAAAUCAGGGGCAGGCUUCAGAAUGGGCCUUACUGAGGAGGCACCAAUCAGAGGACACAUUCGGGGUGCAGAUAUGUGGAUCAUACCCUGAUACCAUUGCUCGAACAGUUGAGAUCAUCGAGCGUGAGUGCACGGUCGACUUCAUCGACGUCAACAUGGGUUGCCCUAUUGACGUUGUUGUCAACAAGGGUGCUGGCUCUUCUCUCCUCACGAAGCCCAUGAGGAUGAAGAAUAUCGUCCUAGCCGCUUGUGGCGCAAGUGAUGUGCCUCUGACUUUGAAGGUAAAUUCAGACUCUGCACAACUCCUCUACAGUGGCAUUUCUCCACCCACGGCCAUAACUAUGGUCCCAUCAUCUUCCUCCCAUGUCCUUGGACAGGUCCGAACUGGUUACUUCGAAGGAAGAAACCGUAUAGACUCAUUGAUCGCAAAUAUUGCCCAAUGGGGGCCAUGCGCGCUCACAGUACACGGGCGAUCACGGCAGCAGCGCUACAGCAAGCUCGCUGAUUGGGAUUACAUAUACCAGUGUGCGAGUAAGGCUCCUAGUAACUUGCAGGUCUUGGGAAAUGGCGAUAUAUUUUCCUACCUCGACUGGAACAAACGCAACUCCGAUUGCCCCCAACUUUCCAGCUGCAUGGUUGCUCGUGGUGCUCUGAUCAAGGUUUGUGGUCUAACCUCUCUUUUAUGAAAAAGAAAAUAACGAUUAGUUAAUAGCCUGAACGGAUGACCUCGUCGUAUUGAUGAUACUCGUGGGGGGUGACAGUGGGCCAGGGCUUUCUGAGCCUACAUUGGGCCUAUGUGACUCUCACUAGACCUUACUGAAGCCCGGAUUUAGGCAGACUGGGCCGGGCCUAUUAUUUGAUUGGGCAGUAUAUGUCAUGAGAAUAUGAUGUGUAUGAUUUUUCUUCUCUCUUCCACUUACAUGCUUAAAAUGUUCCGUGGGUACACUGUUUCCGUCGCCCAGCCCUGGAUAUUUACUGAGAUCAAGGAGAAGCGCCAUUGGGACAUCAGCUCAGGGGAGAGGCUUGGCAUCCUCAGGGAUUUUGUGAACUUCGGUCUUGAGCAUUGGGGUUCUGACAACAAAGGUACUACUCUUCGAAAAUCUGUUCUACAUGUUCUUAUCUGAUAUUCCUGUGCUAUAGUAGGCCUUUAUAUUGGUUAUUUCAAGUAAAGAAGAGGUUUUUUUCCCCUUAUCUCUCUCUCUCUCUUCAUGAUUCGAUUGGUUUUCAGAUGAUAAAACUUCUGAAUCUUGGUCCAGAGUAUAUAUGUUCCAGGGCCAUACAUCAGCUACGUCAAUAAAAGAAGAUAUUUUCCUUUGAUAAAUCAAUCUAUUGGUUUUCAUAUGACAGAUAUCAUGGGUCCGACUUCAGGGUAUACUUGUAACAAGUAUAUAUAUAUAUAUAUAUUAUUUUAUUUUCCUUGAUGAUCCUAAUAUUGGUCUAGUUUAUGGAGUAGAUUGGGAUUCUGGUUAUGAGUUUCCUGUGGGCAGGUGUUGAAACAACGAGGCACUUCCUGCUAGAAUGGCUCAGCUACACUCACAGGUACGUACCAGUCGGCCUCCUGGAAGUCGUCCCACAGCGGAUUAAUUGGCGACCGCCCAGCUACUUCGGCCGGGACGACCUCGAGACCAUGAUGGCUUCGGAUUCCGCCGCCGACUGGGUACGCCACCAAGCGCCAGACCAUGUCUCUCCUUCACCCUCUGGAUCUCUGCAAGGCCCCCUAAUUUCUUUCUUCCUCGGAACUGCUUGCAGAUUCGCAUCUCCGAGAUGCUGCUGGGAAAGGUCCCUGCCGGGUUCACCUUCGCUCCCAAGCACAAGUCUAACGCGUACGACAGAGCUGAAAAUGGCUGA